GUCCGCGCUCUCGCGGUGAGUAACUGUCUCGUAUAAAAUGUCUGCGCGACUCUAUCUGGCUAUGCAUACCUCUAGGCGAGCACUUCAUUAGUAGCGUCCUGCCAGUUUCGCCAUGUCUGGCCCGCCACCGCAGCUGGUAUUCAGCAACGAUGUCGCCCACAUGGACGAGUGGGCACGUCGUACGGGCAUCCCUCUGACCAGCGCCGAAGCCCUGGGGACCAACUACGCGCGGGCGCGGCGGUGGAUGCUGUCUAUGCGCGCCGAACUCGUCCAGAACAUGGGCUGGCGCGACGUUACUCCCCUGGACCCCCGCCUACUAUUCGACAUCGAGUGCCCGUCCCCGUACCGCUCGGCCAGGGGCCUCCCUCGUAGCCCCAACCUGCGCUUGCAGAUACCGGUUCACGCGUCUUCUUUCUUUUCAAGAGAGAGACGAGUGCAGUGGGAGAUGGUCUUCCAUAGCGCGCUGUUCCCUCUCAUGCGACAUAACGUGCCUGCUAUCGGCGACCUCCUCCACCUCAUCCAGUGUCUUCUCACGGGCAUGGUCGUCCUCGUGAAAGAGGAAUGCCUGUCUGGUGGUGGUGUCGAGAGGACGAUCCGCGCGUUGCCCCCGGUGGAAUGGGUCGCCUCAUAUGAAGGGCGUUUGACGGAGAUCCUUGGUUCCACGCACUUCCGACAACUCUUCAGGGCCGCAGGCGACAACCGUAAUGCUUUCAAGCUCGAACGCGAGGGUUGACCCUGGCGCAUCCUUCGCUGCCGACGCCUCUGCAAACAUCCUGCCUCCUGGUGUGGCGGUUACUAAAAUCGUGUUCGCGUCGAUCACCCGGGUGGAGAGAAGCCUUCCACCGACCCGAAGCCAUGCCU